AUGUCCUCCUCUAGUGCUGGUCCUCCUGUCCUGCCUUCAAACCGGCCUUACUGUGCUGGAUUGGACAAGGACGGUAACGCCUGUCGGUGUCAGCGCUAUGUACCCAAGAAGAAAGACAAGUGCGGAUGCAAGCACAAGGACUUCCUGCAUACUGCCGAUGAACCCAUCCCACUGCCCUCCACCGGUGGCUCAGACUUGGGAGUUGUCGCCAGCAUUGUCGACCAGUAUUCAGUGAAGUUACCAAGGCUGCGCCUACCGGAGAAGGCAGACGAGGCUGAGGCACGAAGAGAGGCGAACGCCGGGUUCAGGAAGGUUGACGAUGUCGCUGUGGAUGGUGCUUGGGAGGGCCAUCGGCCCCAGGGUAAUGACACUCGAUUCAAGAAGGUUCGAGGUGCUAAAAAGGUAGUCAAGGUGACCCUAAAGCCCAAAGCGCAAGCGUCGAGGGGGAUAAAAGUUGGCAUGGUUCUACUGAUGCCUUAUGGACUGAAGAGCUCUGGUAAAGUCCGACGUGAGGAAGUCCCUACGCCUGAAAUAAUAGAAAAUGGCCAGAAGGGUCGGAAGAGCUACCAAGAAGCAGGUCUGGUAGUCGAUCGUGAAGGUGAUGGAAUGCCCACAUUUCACCGAGAGUGGAGUGCAGAAGCUAUUGAUUCCUGGCUUCGGAAGCUAUUUCCUCAGCCAUUCCGGUACUUGGAUGUGCGCUAUGGAAGACCUCGUGAUGGAGAGUACCACUGGGGUCUCUUGGGACGGCACUAUGGCAAGUUCAUCUCAAUCAGGCGCCCUGCAAUAAAUGGGAGUGAUCUCGCACGGCAAAGAGGAACUGGCUUACCGCCAGAGAAGAUGACGUUAUACUUUACUACCAGCCAUCUAAUCCCGCUCUCCGUUCUACAGGACUGGGAUGCUGCUACGGACAUGGCUCGCCAUCGCCUCCCAGAGGCAAUCUCUCCUACGGAAGACAUUGGUGAAGAAACGACUGAAGAAGAGAAUAGCGACAGCUCUUCCAACAAUGAAGGAUCUCCUGAGCGCCCUAGACCUCGCCCUGCGUAUAAGGGCAAGGGCAAGGGCAAGGAAGCUGAUCCCGGUAAGGCUGUCAACCGGCCUAUCCUAGUUCGGAAGGGUAAACUAUUUGCAGAGACACCUUCGGAGAGCUCUGACAGCGACUCGGGAAGCGAGGGGACUCAGGAGUCGGAGUUUACUGCCCAUAUCAAGGCGGCUGCACAUCAAGAGCGCAAGUCAGAGCGACUGGUUGCGAAGAGAGGCAGGAUGCCAGCAAGUGAUUCCGAGGUUGAGAUUGUGGAGGUGAAGCGCAGCAGGACCGAUGAAGAGCCAUCAGACGGAUUGGAUCCCUUUGCGGACAAGGAGGCAUAUCUGGAGUAUCCUGGGUUUGAGUUAUUCGGAGGAGGAUCUUUCAGUGGGGGGACUGGACCAAUUGGUGCCCAGGCGUUAUCUGGGGAUGAGUUUGGGUAUUCCGGUGGGAAGACACUUGCAUCGCCGGGGAAGCCAAAGCGGAGUCCAUGGACGAAGGAUUAGAGAGGAUUAGACUUAGACUUGAAUCACUCGUUUCAAUGUGAAAAUAAAAUUGGUAGUAAAAUAGCAAGGCACAUGGGUACGCCUUAGAAGGGAG